AUGAAAGAACGGGAUGGGUUUCAACCAAAAACACAGGAAGUACAAAAUGGUGGUAAUAUUCUUCCCGAAGAAGACAGUUGUGUUAUAGCGGAAAUUGCUUCAGAUUCCAAAGAAGAAGAAGCUAAUGACGCAAAUUUAGGUCGAUCAAGACAAGACUCCACAGAUUUUAAAAUAAGGUUACGAAAGGAACUGGUUAACAGAGAUGGUCACAAGGAGCUGGCUAAGAACACAAAAUUGAUGACCCUAGCUUUUGUCGACCCACAAAAAGAAAAAUCAUAUCAUUUACAUAUAGAAUCAUUUUCAAGUUUUACUUUGCUCAUGUUUUUAAUAGUAAGAUUAGCGAUAGGAGCAACUAUAGCGAUAGUUUUGCCGAGUGAUUUAACUAUAGAUGUGACAUACUGUACAGAAAAUAUUGUAUUCUUCGUAUUAGUAAUAGUGGCAAUUGCCGAAGAAUUUCCCGGAUUGAUGGAGAAGGUGUCUAGAGUAUUGUUUCUUUGGAGAUGUGAAGUAGAAGAACAAAGAGAUUGUGCGGAAGAUAUGAGAAGAAGAAACGAAGCAUUAGUUUAUAAUAUUCUACCUCCUCACGUAGCUGCUCAUUUUAUGGGAAACAGAAAGAGACAACAUGACGAAUUAUAUUCCCAAAGUUACGCAGAAGUUGGAGUUUUGUUUGCUUCGAUGCCAAAUUUUUCAGAUUUUUAUUCCGAAGAAACUGUCAACAAUCAAGGAUUAGAGUGCCUAAGGUUUUUAAAUGAGGUGAUAUCUGAUUUUGAUGCGCUUUUGGAGUUACCCCAGUUUCAAGAUGUUAUAAAAAUUAAGACAAUAGGAUCUACAUAUAUGGCUGCUAGUGGCCUAAACCCUUCUAGACAAAUGAAGCCUGAAGAUCCGAUUCAUGUUCGCUGGGCACAUUUAGCAAUCUUGGUAGAGUUUGCUUUGGAACUGAAAAAAGCCCUGCAGAGCAUUAACGAACAAUCAUUUAACCAUUUUGUAUUAAAAUUAGGAAUUAAUCAUGGGCCUAUUACUGCAGGUGUAAUUGGAGCGAGAAAACCUCAUUAUGAUAUAUGGGGUAAUACCGUAAACGUAGCUUCGCGAAUGGAAAGCACGGGAAAAGCUGGAUGUAUACAGGUAACAGAAGAAACCUGUGAAAUUCUUCAACAUUUUGGAUACCAAUUCGAACAAAGAGGCCUAGUUGCAGUAAAAGGAAAAGGCCAACUUAUGACCUAUUAUUUAUUAGGAAAAGCUGGAAAAAUAACCCCACCCACAGCACCAGUGUCUCCGAUUGCUGGAGUAGGAACUAUGGAAACAGUUAAUGAAGAAGACGAGUCACACGACAGUCCAACAUCCAAGUCUGAUGAUAAAACUGUAAUCGAAUGCUCUGAGAAGAUGGAUGAUGAUGUAUUUACGUCAGAUUCUGGAUGUGAAGAGCCUAAAGAACUAAAUGAAGCUUCUCUUUUAUUAAGUUAA